AUAUGGAGGAAGAGAUGGGAUAUCAUUUCCAAGAUUAUAUUAUAAAAGAUUCCAUGGCUUUCAUCUUUGGUGCAUUUCUCCCCACUCACUCUUCCUUUCAUCCUUCUUUCCCCACCUCCCGCUCCCUGUCUGUUUCUUUCUCCCUCUCUUUCCAUUGAAUCAGUCAUUCUUGGGGAAACCAGCUAUUUAUAGAGUCUCAUGUGAAACUGAAGCCUCCUGACAAUAGCCAUUUAGUGGAAGGGGAUCCUUCACCCCAGUCAAGCCUUCAGAUUGCAGCCCCAGCCAACUGUUUGACCCCAUGAGAACAACCCAAUUGAGCUCCUCUCAGAUUUCUGAACAUCAGAAACAGUAUAAAGUAAUAAAUGUCUGUUGUUUUAUUAAACUUUUACUAAGUUUUCUGGUGAUAAACUAAAACAAAGUAAUUAGAGCAGCUAUAACUAAAAAUUUCUAAAAAGAAAAAGAUUAAUUGCUCUGACAAAAGUAAGUGUAAAAAAUUAGUUCUUUUCAACAUUUAUGGAUUAAUUGCUUUUCAACAUUUAUGGAUUUCAUGCCACAAGUAGUAUGUGCUAAGUGCAGAGAAGACCAAGAGAAAGAGUAUGGUUUGAACUUGCAAGAACAAAGGUACAACUUUGGGAAAACUUCCUGAUUCUGGAAAUUGCAUGCUAGGAUAUUUAAAGCUAUGCUCUUGCUGAAAACAACUAAAACUCAUUAAAAUACAAAAAUCAUCUUAAAACAUCAAGGAGAUUUUAAAAGUCCAAAAGUGAAGGAAAAAAGAGGUUACGUUAGCAUGGGGUCAUCACUUAAAGCCUAAUGUAAUUCACCAUCCUGUGUGGACCCACACAAGAAGGUGAAUCUGAGAGGAAUUGUGAAACUAACAGAAGAAAUUCCCCACAAUAGGCUGAGAUUCCUUCAAAAUGUUUCAGCCUUUGGAUGAGGAUGAACCAAUAUAAAAUUACGUAAAAUUACAGCCAAGUUUAGUAUUGCCUGCAUCACCCAAAGAAUCUUAAGCAUUUAAUUUGCUUUAAGGUGGUUCCCCCACUGGUGAUGCCUCCUCCAGGUGCUAGGAGGAAUAAAAAUGUAAAUUCUCUCCACAGAAAAGUAACUUAAUUGUAAGCCUCAAAUUACUUUUCAAGUAGAACAUCUACUAGCAUAUAGUAAAAAAGUACAUAGGCCCAUAAGGGAACUAGACUUCAGAGGCACAAAUUAGAAACAAUUUAAUUCAUAAAGUCUUAGGUAUUAAAUUUAUGCUUUCUAUGUUUAAAGAAAUAAAGUCAAGUGUGAAGUGCCUUAGAGAAUGGGAAAGGAAAACAUGAUGGAGCUAAUUUGGGAAAUAAUGUAAUACAAAUGUUGCAAGAAUACAUAAAAACUGAACUUUAAGACUGUAAAUAGGUUUAAUGGUAGAAUAGAAUAUAGGCAAUUGAGAAGAUUUAUAAACUGGAAUAUAAAUCAGAAUUUUUUUGGAAUGCAGCAUUGAAAGACAAAAAGAAAUAUGGAAAAAAAAAACAGCAUAUAGAGGAUGCAGUGAGAAUUCCUAACACCUGCUUAAUUAGUUGCAGAAAGAGAGGGGAGGGUAGAACAGAGCAAAUAUUUUUAGACACAAUGUAGACUUUUCAAAACUGAUGAAAGACAUAACUCCACAGAUGCAAGAAGCCAGACAAACUCCAAACAGAAUAAAAAGGAAACUGCACCUAGAUGCUUUAAAACAGGUAUUGCCAGCUGGCUUAGAAAGUCCAAGGAACAGCUUCUCUAGUUAAAGGACAGAAAAGGGGGCUGGAGGAUGUGAAAUAUAAUUCUUUUUGAAUUUCCUAUUUCAGGAGAACUGCAGCACCCCUCCCUCCACACCAUGUGUAAAUCCUAUGGAGCAAUGUGGAUUUUCCCUGCCCUACACUAAGCUAGAGAGCACAAAAAGGCAGCACCCUGCCUCCUUAUCCAACAGUGCAAUGGUUGCAGACACUGCAGGACAGAUACAGUGGCAAUGGAGUGGGGAAGCUAAAGGCUUUUCUAGCUAGAAUACCAAGGAUGAUGUUAGAGCCAGAGAACACUGGAGAGAUUAUAGGUAAGAGGAAACUGAAGAAGGGAAACCUCUAAUUUUGUAUAUAAUAUCCUAAAAUCACCCAUACACUGUGCACAUGACUGAUCUUUGCUGUACAGCACAAAUUGGCACGACAUUGUAAAUCAACCAUACUUUUUAAAAGUGUUUUAAAAGUCACUUAAGUCACUAAAAUUGAGCGUUUUCUUAAACCCAAGAAAUCAUUUUGAGGAGCUAGAAAAAAAUCCAGAGUACAGAAGCUUGACUGAAGGCAAAUUGAAAUAAUUACAACUGAAGUCUGUAAAGACAUAAAUAUAUUAAAAUCUGAAGAGGUGGGCAAGAAGGGCUGUGUUUUGUGUGAGGUUAUGCUUAUCCUAAUUUUACAGCUGACACACUGAGUGGUUUUAGAGCUGCAGAACCAGGAAAUGGCAGUGCUACACUGCUAAUUCACGUCGUCUGACUCCACUGGUGCUCUUUUUCCAGCCACAGCUUGUCUGUGGGAAGGAGUUAAGGAGAGCAAGGAAGGCAGUAGGUGGGGAAAAUCGAACUGCUGGGAGUUUCUGAGUGAACACCGGCAGAAAGCGAGAAAGAGAAAACUUUCAAGUUAACACCUUAGUCUCCUUGCGCAGAAACGCUCAUUUUUAUGGAGACAUGACAUCAAGUCAUUUUUUAGUAUGUUACUAAAAUUAAAAAGAGGAAAUAUAUCUAACUUUGGGAAUUCGUACCCCUUAGCAGCAACUGUACUCAAUCUCGGCGUCUCAACCCUGCUGCUAUCGCCCAUGACCUGACCACACGUUUAUCAGGACUUCGCGCUCUCUGACUACCUUUCAAAAAGAGCAAUUCGCGCGACACUUGGACGCGAAUCCCUACCGGGAAGAUCUCGCGAAAGCGAAACUUGAUCCGCCCCUUCUGCGCGUGCGUACCGCCUUCCCGCCGUUUCCGUCCCGGCUUCAGAAGCGCUGCAUAGGCAGCGGUCUGCGGUUGUACUGCGAUCUGGCGUUGGUAGACUUGGGUUUUUCUCGCCACCUGCGACGGGUCAGCGGCAUCUCCCACCGCUCGGCGCUUGCGCGAACUGUGGCUGUUCGUCACCAUGACAGCGAACGCUGCAGGCACUGAAUCUUGGAGUGAAAAUAUACUGGAAUAUUUUCUGAGAAAUAACCAGAUCACAGCAGAAGAUGGCGCCCAGAUCAUCUGGUAUCAUGCAGCUAACAGCAAGGCACACAUGAAUGAAGCACUGAAAAGUUCUGCUCAUAUGAUAGAGGCUGAUGUCAUUCUUCCAAAUGAUGGAACAGAGUAUGGCCAGCCAAUCAUGGCCCAUCCUCCAGAAACAAACAGUGAUAAUACUUUACAGGAAUGGCUGGCUGAAGUCAUCAAAAGCAAUAAAGGCAUCAAGUUGGAUUUCAAGAGUUUGGCAGCUGUAAAGCCAUCCAUGAUGCUCUUGGAAAAUGUGAAGAGGCAUCUGAAGUGUCCUGUGUGGAUCAAUGCUGAUAUUCUUCCUGGUCCAAAUGGAAAUAACAGAGUAGUGGAUGCAGAAUCUUUUAUAGACACUGUGACAUCCUUCUUUCCAGAUGUGACACUUUCCCUGGGUUGGACAACAGGGUGGCAUUCUGAGAAAGUCAAUGAAGGUUACAAUUGGACAAUGAUGAAAGAGAUGGAAUAUAUAUGUAAGGAACUAAAUCAGCCUGUAACAUUUCCUGUCCGAGCAGCAUUAGUUAAACAAUCUUGUUCUCAGUUACUUUGGCUGUUAAAGCAGUCAAACAGGUACAGCCUGACUAUUUGGACUGGAAAAAAUGAUAACUAUUCCAUUGAAGAUUUACUUUUUAUUAGAGACUGUUUUGACAAAAAACAGGUUUUCUAUGACAUUUUGGAACCACAGAACCAUGAAUUUAAACAAGCCAUUGGAAUCAAAAUUAAUCACUAAGAUGAAAAUUCUUUUAAAUUAUUUCAUGUUUUGGUUUCAUAAUCCUUCUUUACUUUUUGGUCUGAAUUAAUUACCAUAUAAAUGAUGAUGAUUGAUUUAUGUUCCAGUUCAUCUAAUCAAAAGCCACUUAUUGAGAGCUUACUCUAUUAGGCAUGUGUUGUUAUAAUUCUGUGCUUACCUAAAAGGUUUAGAAAGAAGAGAUUUCAGUGGGCCUAGUCUAGUAAUAACUUAGGAAGAUUAUGCUUUAAAACCCUUCAUAAAAAUAAUUUUGAUAUAUUGAGGAAAGAAUCCACAUAUCCUACAGAUAUUAAAUCACAUUUUGUUGGCACUAGCAUUACAGAGAUUUCACAAAAAUACGGCAUUCUCUUUCCUUUUCCCUGGAGAACUGCUUAUUUCAGAGAAUACAAAAGAGUAAGAAGGCUUUUAAUUAAAAAAUGGUUUUAGCUUUCACAAGGGUGAGUAGCUUUCUGUAACAAAAUCAAAUCUAUUUACUGAAAACAGUAUAAAUUAUAUGGAUCUAGAUUUUCCAUUUUGUUGGGAGCAUGCUGACAGCUAUGCGUAUUUUUUGUAUUCUUUGUUUUGAUCAUAAUAUCUCAUCUAGAGUGAGCAAAAUACUAUUGGAGAACAGAAUUUUAAUCCUGGUAAUAUAUCAUUUGAUUUUCUUUUCUUUCUUUCUUUUUUUUUUUUUUUUUUUUUUUUUUUUGUCUUUUGUCUUUUUAGGGCCACACCUACGGCAUAUGGAGGUUCCCAGGCUAGGGGUCUAAUCAGAUCUAUUGCUGCUAGCCUACACCACAGCCACGGCAACGUGGGAUCCGAACCACAUCUGCCACCUACACCACAGAUCAUGGCAAUGUUGGAUCCUUAACCCACUGAGUGAGGCCAGGGAUUGAACCAGCAACCUCAUGGUUCCUAGUCGAAUUCAUUUCUGCUGCGCCACGACGGGAACUCCUCAUUUGAAUUUCAGGUUCCUCACUAGCACCACUUUGGUUCAUGCUCUUGUUCUCCUAGAAUUUCAAAACCUAGUUCUUUAUGACUUCAUUUCUCACACUCUAGAUAACCCGAGUAUUUCUGCUGAAAAAAAUAAUUUUUUUUGAAAUACUUCUUUCUUUAUGCCAAAUGAAAAAUCUCUAGGAACUUCUUAAAUUCAGCUUUAGUGAAUUUUACUCUUUCAAGACCCUUUCUAAUGUAGUUCCAUUCUGAAAUUCAGUGUCCUUAACACAGUCCUUCAUUUAUAAAAAUCAGUGGUCUUCAGAUCUUACUUUAACAGUUAAUUUUAACUUCUGUUGUUCACCAGUUGUGUCAUACAUUUAUGUCUCCUUAGUUAAAUUAUAAAGUCCUUCUCCAUAAGGGAGCAUUCUUAACUUCCAUUACAGUGCCUGGCAUAGUUCUGAGCAAAAUAUGCAGAAAAACGUGUUGCUUCUUUGAUUUACUGAAAAUUAAUUUACCAGUGAAUGUCCUAAGAUAUGUAGUUGAUCUUUUACAAGCCAUUUCUCCCAGAGAAUACAGUGGUGCUUUGUAGAGAAAAGAGCUUGGGUUUUGAAUUCAGGCAGACCUCCCUUGCAGCCCCAUGUCUGCCCUCUACUAGCCAUAGAUUUGGGAAAAUAUUUAACCUCACUGAGUCCUGGCUUUUUUAUCCAUAAAGCAGGUGUGUGGGAGAAUGAGGAUUCUCUUGUAGGAUUGUUGUGAAGAUUAAGGGAGAGUCACACAAUGGAAGCGUGUAGCAUAAUGUUUGUCACAUAGGAAGUGCUCAACAGUUAGUUCUCUUCUUUUAGACUGAUCACAUCCAUUGUAGAUAGAAAGAUAGCAAUAAGAUAGAACAUGAAAUAUUGUAGAUAUAUAAAUGCUUAAUACAAUUGUAUUUCUACUUUAAAUUUUAGCUACAACUGAAUAUGGUGCUAUUUGUAAAUAACACCUAAAACAUCAUUUUCUGUGGUUGUUUGCCAAAAGAAAAAGGUGCCAGUACGUAAUUAUAAAAUUUUUAACAAUUGCGACAAAUAAUAACUCUUAAAAUCAUAGCAAAAGAUAAUGUUUAAAUUAUAAAUGUUCUACAAUGACCAUGCUUCGCUUUUACAAAGAGAACUGAAUUUAUAAAUGGACUGCAUUUUAAUUGUUUGAAAUAAAAUUCAUUUGUCCAGUA